AUGGCGCAGGCGGGCGACAGCGACAGCGGACCGCUGCCCACGCUCGCGGCGUCGGCUCUAGCGGCCCAGGGCGCCAGCAGUGAGGACAAGACUGUCACAUUAGUGGCAACGUGCUCUUUCAUGUUGUCUCUAGCUCUCGGGCUGCGAUUAUUGGGCUUCUACCUGGCCAAGACACGUCGACGACGUAAGCGACUUCGUCUACUGCCCAGACUGGGUAUUUCCGUGCCAUUCCCAGCCGCUCUGCACGCUUUAGACGUGAGUGUAUUCGUGGUGCUCUGGUACGCCGUCAGUAUCGGCAUGACGCUGUUCAACAAGUGGUUUUUACGGGUCUGGGCGGGCGGAGGCUACCCGUUCGCCACGACCAUGACGUGCAUCAACAUGUUUGUCAAGUGUCUGCUAUCCAGAAUCAUCGAUCGGUGCUCCAGUGGAGGCUGCAGUGGCAACGGGACGAUGAUGGCGCUCCCCUCGACUAUCUACUGGAAGCUGGCGGUUCCUAUUGGCGUGUGCACUGCCCUGGACAUCAUGCUGUCCAACCUGUCGCUGUUCUACAUCACGGUGACGUUCUACACCAUUGUGAAGUCCGGAGGGAACGUGUGGAAUUUGCUAUUCUCGAUCUGUCUCGGACACCAGCGCCCUUCCUGGCCCUUGUUCGGCGUCAUCGUGUUGAUCUCGAGUGGCAUUGGACUCGCGAGCUACGGGUCGGCCCAGUUUGUUUUUUACGGUUUUAUACUGGUAUUGGCGGCGUCGGUGAUCGGAACGCUGAGGUGGGUGCUGACCCAGUCGCUUUUACAGGCGAUGGAGGACACGACUGGCGCUCCGAGGAAUAAAGUGCUGGCUGUGGUGUACUACGUGUCACCGGCGAGUGCGAUCGGCCUGCUCCCGAUUGCGUUAUUCUCCGAGGGGAGCGACUACGCGACGUCGAGGUUUUUACUGGACUCGCAGCUUUUGAUGAUGUCGCUGGUGUUUAUCUUCAUCAGUGGAUGCCUGGCCUUUGUGCUGAUUUUCAUUGAGAUUCUGCUGGUCAAGAAAACGUCGGCACUGUCGUUGGGCAUUGCCGGUAGCUUCAAAGACGUCACACAGGUGCUGCUGGCAGUCUUCAUCUUUGGUGACCAGCUGAUCGCGAUAAAUGUGUUCGGUCUCGUUGUGGCCACUUGCGGAAUGCUCUUCUACACGUACAUCAAGCACACAAUGGCAGAGGCAGCAGGGGGGAAGCUCAAGGGAUACCAGCGAGUUCCCACCUUUAAUUCGGACCUGGAGGACAGCAGCGAUUUUCAGAUGAAAGAUGAGCGAGUCUCGGCAACAGGAACCAAGACUGUGGCAGGAGUAGAGCUGGUACGACGAGAGAGCAAGGACUUUAACUCAUCAGGCAUGGUCGCCAAUGCCUCUCAUGUGUGA